AUGGAUCUCUCUUCUUCACCACGGAGCUCGCUCGAAUGGAGUCUAGAUGGCAGUUCAACCUGUCCCACUACCCCCGCCUCUAGUCCGCUGUUUCGCGCCGCAAAGGUGGACGAUGUGCCCUCGUCGCAUUGCACCUCUCCCACGGGAAUCUCAGGCACCCAGGGAGCCCACGAUGCCGCAAGCGCCAAUUCAGCGUGCAUUCUGGCGGACGAUCGCGUAAAGAGCGUCUGUGUUGUGGGUGCAGGAUACGUGGGCGGACCAACCGCGGCUGUUCUCGCCCUAUACAAUCCCUCUGUCGCAGUGACUGUGCUAGACCGAGAUCCUCGUCGCAUUCAGAGCUGGAAGUCGGCGCAUCUCCCUGUGCAUGAACCUACUCUCUACAAUGUGGUGCGGGCGACGCGCGAUGGCUCGGACGUGGCCCAGAGUGUUGGUAACGAAGGCUCCGUAUACUCACGCCGACAGCCCAACCUGUUCUUCACAUGCGACUCAACGACCAUUGCAGACGCAGACAUGAUCUUCCUGGCCGUCAACACUCCCACCAAGACCUUUGGCCUCGGCGCCGGCAGAGCCACCGACAUGACAGCCGUCGACGGCGCCGUGCAAGAUAUCGCACGACACGCAAAGCCGGGAGCUAUCAUUGUCGAGAAGAGCACCGUGCCAUGCGGUACAGCCGAGCGAGUGCGACAAACACUCUCCACCCUUCGCCCCAACACCCCCUUCGAAAUCCUCUCCAACCCCGAAUUCCUCUCCGAAGGCUCCGCCAUCGACAACCUCGUAAAUCCAGACCGCGUCCUAAUCGGCUCCUCAGGAACAGCCCCAGGCCGGCGCGCAGCCCGCAUGCUCGCGCACCUCUACUCCUCCUGGGUCCCACCCACGCGCAUCCUCCAAGUGAACGCCUGGUCGUCAGAGCUGGCCAAACUGGUCGCCAACGCCAUGCUCGCCCAGCGCAUCAGCAGCAUCAACUCUAUCAGCGCGAUCUGCGAAAAGACAGGCGCCGAAGUCGACCAAGUUGCGCGGGCCAUCGGCAUGGACGCGCGCAUCGGUCCACAGUUCCUCAAAGCAGGAGUAGGGUUCGGCGGAUCCUGUUUCCGCAAAGACAUCGCCAGUCUGACCUAUCUCGCUGAAUCAUUGGGGCUAGACGAAGUAGCGCACUACUGGCGCCAGGUCAACGCUAUGAACGAGUACCAGCGCGUCCGGUUCGCAAGGAGAGUCAUCGACCGCUUCGAUGGGAAUCUAUCCGGGAGGAAGAUUGCUGUGCUGGGGUUCGCGUUUAAGAAGGAUACGGGAGAUACGCGCGAGUCGCCUGUUGUUGACGUCAUCAGGGUGUUGCUUGAGGAGAGGCCAGCUGAGAUUGAUAUUUUUGAUUUGUUCUGUCAUGAGGAGGAUAUCCUGCGUGAGCUGGAAGCAGCCUGUGGGAAGGAGACUGUGGCUGCUGGGGUUAAGGUCCUGUCGGAUCCGUAUUUGGCGUGUUCACAGGCUAAUGCGGUUUUGGUCAUGACGGAUUGCGAUCAGUUCAAGAAUGGACGGAAGCGCAGUGGAGCGGGAUUUGGGGGUGCUGCACGCUCUGACUCAGAUGCGUAUGAGAGUCUGGAUGAGAUGCUUUCCCCGGUGCGCAAGGAUGAGACGUGGGUGUUUCAGGGAGUUACGUAUAGAUUGACGCCGGAGGAAGGGUGUGGGAAUGAUUGCGCAGCGUGUCGGAGCUGGGCGCCGCGGUCUGUGGCUGUGGCUAACGAGCCAUUGGAGUGGGCGCGCAUCGCGUACAACCUGAAGGAUCCGAAGUGGGUGUAUGAUGGACGGGGAUGUUUAGAUGGGGCGGAGCUGGAGAAGUUGGGGAUGGAGUGUGAAGCUAUUGGACGGAUGUAA